CUAGUCUAUCCCGACAGUAUUCCUGCUAGCGGAAAAUCAAUAUGCCAACUAAGGUAACCAUGGAUACAAAAAGCCCAACAAAUCUCAGCUUAAAGCUUAUCAUAUUUAUAGUAGUAAUAACAAUGUUAAUGUCGACGUGUUACUCAAUGUCUAGAAACUGGCAUUGUGGACGACCUGUUGAGACCAUGCACGAGGUAUGUCAGGGAUGCUACGCCGGACAUGUAAGGCCGAGAAAUACAAGGAGUGUAGACGGUGUUCAAGCAUUCAUCAGCAGACGAGAUGCCAAUAUGUUUACCAAGGGGAUGUCACCGGAUGUAAAACGCGCCAUUGAUGGCGGCCUCAUUGAAGAAUGCUGCUACUCGCAGUGCAGUUUAACUCAUAUGAUUACGUACUGUUGUGCUGAAGUGCAAAAUGAGUUCCAAGUGUUUAUAAAUAUUCUGGGUAAUACGGAUGAAAGCAGUGAAAAUGAUGGCGAUGAUGGGGAGGAGAGCAGUAGUGUACAUGAAGAUUAGAAAGACAAACAAAACGAAAACUCAUGUUUCUGUGUUCAAUAUUUCGCGCAAUCGCUUUGCCACAUAUCACCCAAGGG